AGCUUCCGUGUUGCCAGGCGUCGGUGUGACUGAAGUGGCGUCGGCGGUGGGAACAGAGGCGGAGGCAGAGGCGAAGGCGGAGCAGGAGGGUGUGCAGUCAUGGCGUUUUUGACUAAAGAGCGAACGAAGGAAAGAUUUUCUCUCUUGUUACUGGAUUUGGAGGAAUAUUAUUUUGAACAGCACACUACGUACUUGGUGACCAGCAGCUCAGCCAAGAUCAGAAAAGUCAGAGGCUCAUUCAAGAUCUGUUCCAGAUCAGUCAUUUUUGACCCUGAUGAUCUCUCAGAGCCAAUUUUAAAGAUUCCACUGCGAGACUGCAAGCUAAUACGCUUCAAAGAAAAAGAGAGCAACCCUUUCUAUGAACCAAAACCCUCCUCUAUUUCAAUUCAGUGUGAACAGGUUAUUUACAUCAAAGAAAACUGCAUCAUUUCACCUUACAGAAACGAACGAGGGACAAAGACGGUCCAUUUUCAGCUGGAAGUGUGGCAAAAAACAGAAGAUGUUGUUCAAACUUUACAUCAGCUGCACAGAGCAUCCUGUCUGGAAAAGCUGGGAGACCAGACAGCCAUGAUCACUGCCAAUCUACAGUCUCGGCUGGCAAGGUCAUCUUUCGACAAGUUGUGCUUUCAGAGUGUUGCUGAGAAGCCUUACAUGGAGUGUGCGGUGGAGAUGGUCCUGCCUCUGGUGUCCAAUCCGGGCCACGUCUGCAUUACGGACGACAUUCUGUACUUCCAGCCCCUGAACGGAUAUCCGGAACAGGUGAUUCAAAUCAAACUGCAUAAAGUCAGGCGUAUCUACAAGAGACGACAUGGACUCCGACCACUGGGUUUGGAGGUGUUCUGUUCUGAGAACGACUUCUGCUCGGACAUUUAUCUCAAGUUUUACAACACGGCAGACCGAGAUGAAAUGUAUUAUUACAUCGCCACGUUCAUGGACAACCACAUCACGGAGCACACGGCAGAGAGCUACAUGCUGCAGUGGCAGCGCGGCCACCUGAGCAACUACCAGUAUCUCCUCCACCUCAACAACCUCGCGGACCGCAGCUGCAACGACCUCUCGCAGUACCCCGUCUUCCCUUGGGUGAUUGGCGACUACACGAGUACACAACUAGAUUUGACAAACCCCGUCACGUUUCGAGACCUGAGCAAACCUGUCGGUGCGUUAAACAAGGAGCGCCUGGACCGAUUGCUGUGUCGCUUCACAGGCAUGCCUGAGCCUCGCUUCAUGUAUGGCAGCCAUUACUCCUCUCCGGGCUACGUGCUCUUUUACCUGGUCAGAGUGGCUCCAGAACACAUGUUGUGUCUGCAGAAUGGCCGCUUUGACCACGCAGACCGCAUGUUUAACAGUGUCGGUGAAACCUGGAAAAACUGCCUGGAGGGGGCAACGGACUUUAAAGAGCUAAUUCCAGAGUUUUACGGGGAUGACCCCAGCUUCUUGAGGAACCAACUGAAUCUGGAUCUGGGCCGGCGGCAGAACGGAAGCUACGUUGGCGAUGUAUCCCUGCCACCAUGGGCCUCAGACGCUAAAGAUUUCCUUGAGAAGCACAAGAUGGCGCUGGAGAGUCCGUAUGUGUCCGAGCACCUCCAUGAGUGGAUCGACUUGGUGUUUGGUUUCAAGCAGAAAGGCAGCGAAGCAGUCACGGCCAAUAACGUCUUUCAUCCGCUGACCUACGAAGGCGGCGUGGAUUGUGACAGCAUCAAGGACGCCGACCAGCGCGUGGCCAUGUUGACACAAAUACUAGAGUUCGGUCAGACCCCCACACAACUCUUCACCACUCCUCAUCCUCAGAGGAUCACGCCGAGGUUGCAGCAGAGCGUCCCCAGGGGCCCCAGCCUCACCUCGCCCAUCAGCGACCUCGCCCCAGGCUCUCUAAACGAGGACUCGUCCUUCGAGGACCUGACGGAGGAGAGCAGGAAGUUGGCGUGGUCCAACAUGGGCCGCCUGACGCCAGCCUGCCGCCACAAGAUCCACAAGGAGGCGGUGACGGCCAUCGCUGUGACCCGAGACGGAGCUUCCAUUUUCACCACGUCCCAAGACUCAACACUUAAGAUGUUCUCCAAAGAACUGAAGGACUUUCAGAGGAGCAUAUCGUUCUCUAACAUGGCCUUGUCGUCCUGCUUGAUGCUAGCAGAAGCUCAAAUGGUUGUUUGUUCCUCGUGGGACAACAACGUUUAUUUCUACUCCAUUCCGUACGGGCGGCGCCAGGACACGCUGAUGGGUCACGACGACGCCGUCAGUGAAGUGUGUUGGUCCGACAACAAGCUCUACACGGCGUCCUGGGAUUCUACUGUCAAGGUGUGGCAGUGUGAUCCCCACGCCUUGUGCGCGCGCAAGAGGUCUCACUUUGAGCUGCUGGCGGAGCUGGAACAUGAUUCUGGGGUGAACGCCAUCUCACUGAGUACUUCCGGGUCCUUGUUGGUAUCAGGAUGCAAAGACGGGGCCGUCACCAUUUGGGACACCACCACUUACAGCACGCUGCAGCAGGUGGACUGUCACCUUGGCACCGUGCACCGUGCCUCUUUCAGCCCUGACAGCCUCCAUGUGUUGAGCGUGGGUGCAGACAGCUGCAUGAAGGUGACAGACGUGCACACAGGAAUGUUGAUCUCAUCUGUCAGAGCAGAGGAGGAGUUAAGGUGUUUCUGCUGGGAUGGCAACUCGGUGCUGUGUGGUGGUCAGUCAGGUGACCUCCUGCUGUGGGACUUAAUGAGCAACACUGUCACCUGCAGGAUGGCAGCACAUUCAGGUGCAGUGACGGCCAUAUGGAUGAAUGAGUUGAGUGGUACGGUGGUGACUGGUGGAGAAGACAGACAAGUCAUUUACUGGAACAUGAACUCUUGAACAAAUAAAGUGUGUACAGUAUAUAUAUAUAUAUUUACAGUGAAUACUACAGUCAUGUAUCUUUACUUCUUACUGUACGUGUGAUGUUGUCCCUGUGAGAAUAAAGAGUGUUUUUAUAUUA